CGUAGUGAUCAGAGAGGGGGGCUGCUGAUGUCUGAAAACUGGUGAGAUUGCGUGCGUCUUUGUGCAGGAGACUUCAGGUUAAGGCAGAAUAUGUAACCAGGAGCACAGGCUGGCUAUCUGCGGGUUUCACUGGUGUAAGGACAUGCUAGGACCCAAUAAAGAUAUCUUCACCUAAUAAUGAUGUAAGAUUAUUCAUGAAUCUCAUCCCUGCUGCCUUCAGACACUGAGGUGGCUCCACUCCGAUCGCCCAUACUAAAGCAGACAGGUCGUCCUCAGCAGGGGGAGGGGGGGCACCUGCUGUCCCGCUCCUCGCUGCAGAAGCUGUGACAGCACAUAUUUCGCGAACAGCUGGAAGGAAAGGCAGUCCUGCAACACCUGAGCGGGCUUAACGAUACGACGUCGUGCGUACUGGAGACGCGCCGAUAGCUGCUCCAUCCUGGGGGAUCCCGAAAUGAUGCCCCGUGUGCCGGGCGGCGGCCGGACAGCAUACACUGGCACAUUUCUGUCGGCAUGCCUGAUCUCUGCAUGUCAAGCCGCCCAGAGCUGUGGGGAGGUCCAGUGCGGCGUCAACCAGCACUGCUGUCCGCCCACCGUCACAGGGAACACCAGUGCCAGCUCGAAGGUGAGCUGCUGCCAGCUCUCCAUCCACGCAUUUUUCGACAACGUCGGCUGGUUCACGCGGAAGCUGUCCGGCAUCCUGAUCCUGUUGCUGCUCUUUGCCAUGGGCUACUUCAUCCAGCGGAUCAUCUGCCCUCGGCCCCGGCGGCACCCGCACCACGACCGCGGCGAGGAGCCGUCCCUCUUUCACGGACACACAUCAGCGUCCCAGGAUUCCCUGCUGGAGCGGUACCCCGAAUACAACCUCGGGGGCUUUGCCUCUCCAAACCUGCCGGCCUAUGACGAAGUUAAGUAUUUGCCCACCUAUGAGGAAAGCAUGCAAGACAUGCACAGAGACCGGUCCGGUGAGAACUUGUUGUCCGAAAACGAGAGUGGCGGCCAGGGCAGAGGGAGAGCAACAGGACCGAGAUCCGGAGACCAGAGGCUGGCUGCCCUGGAGGUCUCAGGACCUCAGAGCCCAAGGACAUCCAACUCUGUUUGACGGAGACUGGGCAAGACUACAGAAACAUUGUUAUUCUUAUUUUAAUAUAGUCAGGGUAAAAAAAAUCUUGCAGAGAUACAACGAACAAGUGCAAUUAUACUCCUGAAUGUAAAGAAUAAAAGAGAAGGCUGAGAAAAAUGCAGGACUACGUGUUUUCUGAGAUAACAGGAACCUGCUUUCCUUUUGUAUGCAAAUGACCGCUUGGGUUAUGGAAAGCAGAUUAUAAAGUAAGCGGAGGAGGCUGAAAUUGAGGCGCUUUGUGUUGGGAAUAGCUAAAUUGGCUCCAGUACAAUCGCAUUAAGCUUUUUUCAAACUUCAGCACCUCAAUUUAACGGCAGCAUGAAACAGAUUUCCUGUCAAACUGAGGUCCUCUCUUAGUGCUUAAUAUACUGCCGAACCUGAAAAAUUCUCAUACUAUUUUGUAGAGCCUUUUCUUUAUUAAAUUUGCAUCCAAAAAAAGAAAAUAUUUUUUUCAGUCCCCUUAGACAUGGACUGAAAGAGAGAAAGGAUUAGGGAAAUAUCUGUUAUAAUUCUUUCUGAGACACUUUUUUUUAAACCAGCCAGCCCUGGAGUCUAGCUUAUCAGCAUGAAGGCAGCAAUCUACCCCCACAUACACACUUCACUGGGAGCUGAUAGAUGAGCAUUAUAUAAAUGACCUGCUUGAUGCUUGACAUCUCUCCUGUGAGUGAAGCCUUACUGCCCCAGGUCCCAGCUUAUGAACUCAAGAAGAAGAAAAAUAUGAAUGAGAUUACAGCUUCCAGACUGAUAAGAGCUAAAGUUGGACUUUUAUGAAGGCACGUCAGAGAAGAUAGCUGCUGUCCCAAGGAGCAAAACAGAAAAAUACUAGCUGACAUGCGGCAUUGAAGAAAAUGUUCUUUCUUUGUUAAAGCAGAAGGAUUUGAAGAUGCCAGAUGAGAAUACAUUCAAGUCUGCUUUUGCAGAUGCUAACUGUCCUAAAGAAACAAGAAGUUACACUUUAGCUCAUCUGAAAACUAAGAAGAUUUUGAGAAAACAUGCUUUCUGUGAAUUAAUGCCAUAAUACUGAAAAGGCAAUUUUGUUCAUUUAGUAUUUCUUUACCUUGUGAUUGACUGGGUGUCUGGUAAAUAGUCACACUCUCCAUAUCGUAUUGUCUUAUCUUUAGGGCCAGGCCAAAAAUUCUAAUGAGAAUCUGCAUUACUGCUGGAUGUAAGCCAGCCAAACGUCUUUUGUUGUACGAACAGUAUUGGAUCAUUUCGAAUUCACAAUAAUGGAAGGUUCUGAAAGAUCUGCAUUUUUUUUACAUAUGAACUGAAAGAAAAAACACUUUUCAAUUUAUUUGCCCGUCAACUUCAAGAUGGACGAAUGUUUUCAGUUUGUUGUGCAGAAAUGAAAAGGAGGUGUUUGCAUAUAAACAGUGCACCAAAUUAAAUCCCAUUAAAGAUACAAGAGCAGGUGUAAAGCAGAUAAUAACCAUCAGCUUAUCAAAUCAACUAAACUGAUUUAUCCCAGAAGCUCCAAAGUGCUCAUCUUUCAUCAUUCCGAACAAUGCAGAACCGUAUCUGUAAAGCUAGCCUUUACAAUUAGACACCCUGAGUUGAUCCCAACUCUAAAAGUCUGAGUGUGAUUGUGGUGGCUUUUGUAAACCAAUAUCGCCUGACCAUAAUGGCAGAGCCAGUAGUGAUCACUGAUGGCUUUCUUUUCCUGAGGGACAUUUGUGGGCGGCUGGAGUUUGGACUUAAAAGCAUUAAAUCCAGACUAAAACAACCACUGAUGGGUAGAUGAGGUAAAGGAUCUGAGACCCUGAGCGGCAUGAGGCCAUGUUUGAGGGCUAAUGAACCCAUGAGAAGUGUGAUUGUUGCGUUUCAUUUUCUCCUUCCUAGUCAGUGUAGUUCACUAUAUACUGACUUCCAUUUGUAAACAUCAACAGUAAAGCUGUAUGUCUUCUCUCAGGGGAGAGGAUAGUUAUAUACGCUCAUGGGAGAUGCAAAUCUAUAAAAACACAGGGAUAAAUACAGUAUUGGUACACUCAGUGGGUUUUGAAUCAGAGCCCAUAAUUCAGUUAUCGUAUAGCUCUCUGGUAUAAAGAACAGACAAACUUCAAAAUGUCAAAUCAAUGAGCAUUAUCCUUCUCUAUCCUCCUCAUAAAUUCUGCAUUACAUCCGGGAAGUGUAUUUUUGGGAGAGCUUGGCUAUCAAUUUAAUAUAUGAGAACCAGCCAGUCUUUGAAUAUAGAUAUACACUUCUAUGGUUUAAUAAAAGAAGAGCAUCUGUUUGGCACUGUGUGCUGUGUAACUUCAAAAAUAUGAAAUAUUUACACUGACCAUUUCAUUGUAAGAUAUUUGCCACUGGGACUCAAAACUAUAGAAAGUCUAAUCUAAAUGUGACUUUUAUAUUCUUAACAUUAAGAUAUGGCUGAAGGUAGAGGCGUGGAAUUGAGUGAAUCAGGUAUAUCACGCAAUGCAUGGUUUAAGAGAAAGCAUGAACUGAUUUCACAUGUUGCUGUUUAUUGUGUGUGGCCACUCCCAGUAAUGGAUGUGAAACGUGGUCAUCCAGUUCCACCAUUUAGCUGUUUUCUCACAUCUAUUUGGUUUGAGGUGAAGGAGUUGUUUGGAUAAAGCGUGCUUGAAGCCAAGCACAUGAUGCUCACUUGCUUUGUGUUAAAUUACAGGAAAAUCGUCACUACUCUUGUAUUAUGUGGAAUUUGAACACGGAAGAUGUUCAGUGAACCCAACUAGCUUUAACCUCAAUGACUAAUUAAUGAUUUCUUUUGUCUGCUCUUAAAAAUACAUUAGUUCAGAUAGUUGGUGGAAAGACAGAAAUAAAAAAAGGCUUUUAGAAGUGAAGUGACCAAAACUGCAGGAAAACUGCUAAGAAAAAAAAAAAAAAAGCAGCAAGAGAUACCCAACCCAAGAG